GACGGCCGAUGUGGAACGCUUUACGACCGCAGCCAGCACGCAACAGUCUACACUCAAAUGCGUUGUAACUCACACGCCAUCCAUCACUAUGGAUUUGUCGUGUCGGGACUGAUUUCUUUUGUGCUGUUCGACGGAGUGGAAACUGUGUGGCUGUUGUUUAAGUUACCAUUGGAUUGUAAUAUUCAGUGACGUGAACUUUAAAACGCAGUUCAGUGCCACGAUUUCGGUUCUUCCCAUUAUAUUCUACUGGAAGACGCGGUACCGUUGUAAUUUUGGCCUUUAACAGUGUAGUGACUUUAAAUGACUUCAAUGACCGCAAUAUUUCUAAACAAAAAUACGUUUAAAUUACUUUAGGUUCAUUAGCGACCAUAUUCGGUGAGACCAUUGUCCAUCAAACGUGAAUUAAUUCCAAUCGCGUCUUACUUACGUCCGGUGAGGUCUUGCUUUCAAAGUGUCAACGUUUCCAAGUAGUCAUUAUAGUUCAAACUGUGGCCAGUUUCGCUCGCUUCUGGUAUUGUGCGACUUAUCAUUUCAUAAAAAUAAAAAUUAAUCGGCUAAUUAUAAUAUUAUCAGGUGUAGGGAUGAUAAGGCAGCGGCCAGUUAUGUAGUGUAAUGUGGAUCAGUUAGCAAUCACUGCUGAUAUAAUGAGGUGAGGUGAAUUGUGAUUUGAAAAGUGUUGUGAGUGAUAAGUUAUACAAAAUGUGGGGCGCUGCGGUGUCUACUCCUCCUCAUUACCAUUACGUCCAAGGUCCUGCGGGGCCGAUGCCGCAACGCGGUCCUGCGGGUCCAAUACUGUCCGGACCCAGUGUGAGGCAUCUGAGGCCUCAGUCUUCGUAUUCCCUGCCGCACGGGAGCAACGGUCCCGGUCGGUGGAGCUGGUCUGGCAGCAAUGCGUCUUCGUUUGAUCGCAGGCAGCUCAAAGUGCCUCCGCAGCCAGCCAGGCCGGCACCACAUCGACCGUCGCAUAAUCGACAUGCCGCUAACAAGGUCGACCCUGAGCUGAUCUUCACGAAGCAAGAGAAGAUCGGCAAGGGAUCGUUCGGCGAGGUGUUCAAGGGUGUAGACAAUAGGACACAGCAAGUGGUCGCCAUCAAGAUAAUAGAUCUAGAAGAGGCUGAAGAUGAGAUCGAAGACAUACAGCAAGAGAUUAUGGUGCUGUCGCAGUGUGACAGCCCGUACGUUACUAAAUAUUACGGAUCAUACUUGAAGGGAACAAAACUAUGGAUCAUAAUGGAGUACCUCGGCGGCGGGUCUGCCUUAGACCUGAUGAAGGCGGGCAGCUUCGAAGAGAUGCACAUAGCUGUCAUACUGCGCGAAGUUCUGCGUGGUUUGGACUAUCUGCACUCGGAGAGGAAGCUGCAUCGAGAUAUAAAGGCAGCAAACGUGUUGCUCAGCGAAAUGGGAGAUGUCAAAUUGGCGGAUUUUGGUGUAGCAGGCCAAUUAACAAACACGACAAGCAAACGAAACACAUUCGUCGGCACGCCGUUCUGGAUGGCGCCAGAAGUGAUCAAACAAUCGUGCUACGACAGCAAAGCGGACAUCUGGUCCCUGGGCAUCACCGCCAUAGAACUGGCCAAGGGUGAACCGCCCAACUCGGAGCUGCACCCCAUGAGAGUGCUGUUCCUCAUACCGAAGAACAACCCCCCGCAACUGACCGGCAGUUACUCGAAGCCCUUCAAAGAGUUCGUCGAGGCGUGCCUCAAUAAGGACCCGGAAAAUAGGCCGACAGCAAAGGAGCUGCUAAAAUUUCAAUUCAUCAGAAAGGCGAAAAAGAAUUCGUAUCUAAUGGAUCUUAUAGAUAGGUAUAAGAAAUGGAAGUCGCAGAGGAGCGAGGAGAGCGAAACGGAAUCUGAGAACUCUGACUCCGAGGACAUGAGUCGCGGCGACAGCGAAGCGGACGAGCCAUGGAUAAUGACAGUGCGAGGAGCGGGCGGAGCGCGAGCGUUGCACUCGCACGCGCACUCGCACGCCAACUCGCACGCCAACUCGCAUGCCAACUCGCACUCGCACGCCAACUCGCACGUACACGACGACGAGAAGCGGCGCGUGCACGAUGAUGAAAAGAGACGUGUGCACGAUGACCCGCCUCCCCCGUCACCAACGUCGCCAACGGGCGCAGCGCCGAAGCAGAACGGCGCGCUGAUCCGCGACGAGCCGCCCGCCGAGCGGCCGCUCAACAAUAACACGCAGGACAAGCAGCCCUCUCGACAGUCGCCAAUCGUAUCAACUCCCGUGGAACAGAGAAGCACGAAGGAGCGAGACAGAGAGCGCGAUCGCGAGCGGGAGAGGGAAAGGGACAGAGAUAGAGAGCGCGAGGAGAGGAAGGAGCGCACCGAACGGGAACACGCGGCCAAUAGGGAUAGUGGCGUUUAUAAUAAGCCAGCGUCACCGUUGGACCACAGAGGAUCAAAUAACGAAGAGAACAAAGUGCGACGGCACGCCUAUCUACAGCAACUUAUUUACCCGUUACUCAAUGAGCUAUCCCGCAAGCACGGGCCGGGCAGCGCGCCUGCGAUCGAGGAGCUGCGACGCGCCUUCGAGCUCGCCGAGCGCAGCGCGCCGCACCUCACGCGCGCCUUCGUGCAACAGGUGGUCCAGAGGGUGGCGACACAGUCCCACCAGCCGGCGCAGCCCGCACACAACUCGCACCACUGGAUGAGGUAGGGACAUGUAACCUACCCCACUGGACUCGUCCGCGUCGCUGUGCUCUCGUUUCCCUCCCGCGGCUACACCGUCACACAACACCGCGACCGUACCGUGCUGUACAGUACGAAUCCGUACCGCACGUACAGCACCAAACUGUACCGCACGUACAGCACGAGACUGUACCGUACGUACAGCACGAGACUGUACCGCACGUACAACACGAGACUGUACCGCACGUACAGCACGAGACUGUACCGCACUGUACGGUACGGUACCGCCUCAUCGUACCACAAUACUAUUAUGAUAUCUCACCAAAUUUCACACGCAUACGUACUAAAUAAGACAAAUAAACAAUACAUUCGUAAAUCCAGUUGACAAUAUGUAAAAUUUUGUUUCUAUCCUAACGACUGUUCAGUAUUGUAAAGUAAAAUGUUUACAUGAUAAUUAUCGCGAUAUAAAAUUGCUUUAAAUUUGUUAUGUUUUAUUUAAUGAUUAAAUAUUUUUCUAAAAUUAUAAUUAUUAUUAGUGAUCAAUUGUGUUUUUUUUUGGUGUUUGUGUUGGCAUUUUUCUUUAUUUUAAUUGCAAUUUGUUAUUACGUGUGUAAAAUUUAAAAUAUUGUAACUAUACCAAAAUGGUCUUCCUAUAAAAGCAAUAUGUGAAAACAUUGUGUUCGGAGUAGUGUAGCCGCCAUCGAGUCACAAAAGUUGCAAUGCCAUAGAGAAAUAACGUAAUGAAUGCUUAAGAUUUUUACGUCUUAUUAUUUAAUUAUGUGCAUUAGUUAUGUAAAUAUCAUGCAACGGAUACUAUAUCUGUUCUCGUACCAUUUUUUGUCUAUUUUUUUCACUUAUUUUAAUUUUAAUACGUGGUAACGCAUGCCCUGUCACUUAGUUUAAUUCCUGUCGUUUGGAGGUUCGGUUCGUUCGUCACACUUUUAUAUAUUCGUGAGGGACAUCGCCAAUAUUUUUGCCAUACGUUCGUCUUUAAAAUUUACUAACCGUAGUUGGGGUAUUGGUAUAUUGAAAAUUAAUUGUAUUUAUUAAAAAAAUUUAAUGUGUUGAUUUUUCGCUAGUGUUUCUUAGUGUCAUUCCAGACAAAAGACAGAAUUGUCAGCAUUUAUAGAUUUUAUUGUUCUCAUUUUGUUGAAAUUACGUCCUUUUUCAUUGUGGAGAUGCACUGUGACCGUUUUGAAAAAAAAGGUUUUUUUUUGUUAUUAUUUUUUUCAUAGUCUAGUUUUGGGUUAGCGUUCUUAGUGGUUAUCUAGGGAAAUAUAAAUCCGUGACUAACGGAGAUGUGUAAUAUCGAAUCACUUGUUGCUAAAUAUUAAUUUUUAUUAUUAAAUUACGGGGAGGCGUAACUGAUACUGUGAAUUAAAAGUAUUGAGGCACCAACGACCAUUCGGUGUCCGUAUGAACAUGCUUAUAUAUGCGACAAUAUUUAGCGAUUCGGAUUAUAGAUUAUAUAUAAUAUGAAGACUACAAAAAACAAUUAUUAUUGCUGUGUAAAAAUUGUAAACCAUAUAAAUGUGUAAAUUGUGUAGUGUAUAAAGAGAUGCUGUUUAUGAAGUGUUCUUAUAAGCGUACGAAUAUAGUAUAUUAGCAAUAAACCGCGUCGUGGAAGCGGUUCGAUGUUUCUUGUAUAGCGAGAUUGUUGCACCAAAGGAGUUUAUAUGUGUGUCUGUCUUAUGUGAUAGUGUGCGCGGUGCACACAUUCCAAAACAUUUCAAUACAUCAUAUAAACGCUCUGGUGGAAUACAUACACUAUAGUAUUACCGAUUUCAUUAAUCUAAGGUGAUUCUUGUGAAUCGUAGGAGAGUACCAAAUUAAAAUCGUGCCCUCUCGCUCCGAUGCUGUGAAAUGCGUUAGGGAAGAGUGAGACGGCACGAUUGUUUUUUUAUUUUCACAAGUGUGGAAAUGUCAUUCUCGCGACGGCGGAUGUGUUGAUGCGCUUGCUGAUAAUGCUAUUGUAAAUUGUAAUAAUAUUGUAAGGGUAUAAUUUCUUUUCAAUUCUUUUCUCUUUCAUGUAUGUACUUACCUUUUCUUAAAAGAUACACAGCCGUUUUAUUUUAUCUGUAAUCUAAAUAGCAAGAGCAUCAACCCAUCGGCCUCGCGAACAGACGCUGCCUUAGACGCGUAGUUUUAAGUCCGCGCCUCUUCCACGACGCGCCUCGCCUUGUAAUUUGUUUUGCCAUGUGUGUCCAGCAUGGAGAUGUUAUGUUUAUUUGGAUGGAGAAAAAAAUCAGAAAAAAUAAUAUUUUUCCACUCGAUAUUAAAGCGUGUAGCGUUAGAAGGGCGAAUAAUUGUUGAUUAUUGAUUAAAAUUAGGGUUUUUGAGCGUCGGUAGUUGAUGUGACGUCGGCGUGAGACGGGGCCGGAAUGACCAAUAACUAAACGCUUUGUAUUAUAUAUUUGUUGUUGCCGUCUCUCUCACACUCCCUGUUUCACCGUAUACGCGUGUUUCCUUCGUUCGUGUGAAACGCGCGUUCUGAAACAGCGAGUGUUGUGAGGGUUCGUCCGAAGGUGUUCUGAAAGCACGGCUCCAAGCUCGGUAGUGGUUCGUAGUUGUUACCGUUCGCGGGUGAGCGUCGUACGGAUAUAUGUGAAUGCGCAUAGUCGAUAAAUCUAUAUUAAUUAAAGUAAUAGUGCUAAGCGUCGCUGCGUGCGUCAUUCCGAUACGAGCCGUAUAAACAUUCUUAUGAAACAUCUGUAACUGUGAUAUAAAAUAGCGUUUUAUACAGGACGUUGCGAAAUACAUGUGGUAUGCGCAUGCGGGCUGUCAGAAUGACGUGUGAAGUUGCGCGCUACAGAUAAAAUAUAAAAAAAUAAAAAAUAAGGCCCUCCACUGAUGCACUGUAUUAACAUCGACGCGUACCAUUAGUGAUGGUCAAUUAAUGUUACGGCGUCUAUCAUUCUAACACGUUUAUGUAGAAACAAAUUUGACUCUGAAAUAAAAGAAGUUAUUUAAUUUUGGA